AUGGAGCUGCUAGUGCUGCUCAAUGCCCUGGUUACACGGCUGCUCUUUGUUCUACACUCUCUGAUCGGGGUUUGGCGAGUGACUGAAGUGAAGAAGGAACCCAAGUACUGGCUGCUGGCAUUGCUCAACCUCCUCCUGUGCCUGGAAACUGGGCUCACCCUCAAGUUUAAGCAAGGCAAAGGCUACAAAUGGUUUUCUCCAGCAAUAUUUAUAUAUCUGAUUAGCACAGUACCAUCAUUAUGGCUACUAGAAACUCAUCGUGAAACUCAGUUUUGCAGUAAUGAAACUAAACAAACAUGGGAGAAUAUCAGCAAGAGAGAAGACUUCAAUCAAUUAAAAGAGAGUACUCCCAAAAAUGAGGGAGCAGAUCAUCACAUAAUUGAGUCGGCUAGAGUUUUUGUCUCCCAGCUCUCCACAGUGUGCGAGACUGUAUGGACGCUAGGACUCCACCAGACUUUUCUGCUGCUACUAAUAAUAGGGAGAUGGCUUCUUCCCAUUGGUGGUGAAAUCACCCGUGAUCAGUUGUCUCAGCUGCUACUAAUGUUUGUGGGAACUGCAGCAGACAUACUUGAAUUCACUAGCGAGACCUUGGAAGUAGAAAAUGUAAGGCAUAACCAUGCUCUUGUUUAUGCAAUUCUUUGUGUAUGGACUUGGAGUAUGUUGCAGUUUCCACUUGAUCUUGCAGUGCAACAUAUUGGUUGUAAACUAUCUGUGUCAUCUACGAGAGUCCUCACUUUACUGCUGUGCAGACACAGUGCAGACCUGUGGAACAUUGGAAUCAGCCUUUUCAUACAAGAUGGCCCUUUCCUUGUUUUACGUUUGAUACUGAUGAGCUAUUUUAAAGUAAUCAAUCAGAUGCUGGUGUUUUUCACAGCGAAGAAUAUCUUAGUUGUGAUGUUACAACUGUACCGUCUAAUAGUGCUAUCGUUAGAUUUCCGUGCUUCCCUGCAGUAUCUACCAAGCAGCCGGAUAGGAGGAGUCAGCUGCUGCCCAUGUGAGCCUAAUGAUACCACUCUCCCACCCAGCAACUGGGAUACUGAUAUAAGAGAAUGCACUGCUAUUCCUCUGGAGGAUUCGCCAGUCCCAUCAGAAUAUCAGUGA